AUGGCACCGAGGCGGAUGGAAACCAAACCGCUCAUCUUAUGCGUGAAGAUCCUGCUACUGUUCUACUCCUUCAUCUUCUGGGUGACUGGUGUAAUCUUGCUCGCAGUGGGCUUGUGGUGGAGGUUCAUGCUGAGUCCAUAUACACUGUUGAUCUCCAGUGCACCGUCCAACGCUCCCUUCGUCCUCACCGGCACUGGUGUUGCCAUUGUGCUUUUUGGACUAUUUGGCUGCUUUGCCACAUUCAAGGGGCACCCUUGGAUGCUCAAAUUGUAUGCUGUCUUUCUGGGUCUGGUCUUCCUCAUGGAGCUCAUCGCUGGAAUAUCAGGAUUCAUCUUUCGUCACGAGAUCAAAGGCACCUUCCUCACCACAUACAGCGAGGCUGUACUGAGAUACGAUGGAAGAAGCGAAAGGAGUGUGGCUGUGGACGAUGUCCAACGCAAAUUGCAAUGCUGCGGUGUUUAUAACUAUACCACCUGGUUUGCCAGCGAAUACUUCCCAACCAGCGGAAUCCCAGUCAGCUGUUGUGCUACUUUCUCCGACUGCAAAGAAGCAGAUUUGAAGAACGCCACUCUGGCAGCUCGCAAAGUCCACAAGCAGGGCUGUUAUGAGCUGGUGACAUCCUUCAUCGAGAGCAACAUGGGAAUCAUCGCUGGGGUUACCUUUGGGAUCGCAUUCUCCCAGCUCAUCGGCAUGUCUUUGGCCUGCUGUCUGUCUCACUUCAUCCACACUAACACGUACGAGAUGGUCUGA